AUGAGGGCUAAUGAAAGUAGCAAGCUAAGCACUAUUUCCCCUUUCGGCAUUACCGAGGAUAGCCGUGACAUUCGGCUCGUGGCCGGUCUUCACCGUGUCCUUUUUCUCUUCCUCAUCGCCCACAACAACCGCCGGCGGGUCAUGAUUGGCCUCAAAGGUACCCUCAAUGUCAUAGAUAAUUCUGGCGCCCUCAUCGUCGAAUGUGUCAACGUUCUAAAAAACAAAGUCAAUAACGGCUGGGGUUCAGUAGGCGAUGAAAUCGUCUGUGUUGUUAGAAGCGCGCGUCCGGUAUCAGCCGCAACGCAAGCAUCGGUCACAGCCAUUAAAGUUCGCAAGGGAGACGUCCGUAGAGCUGUAAUCGUACGAACGAAAAAACCCGUACGACGACCUGACGGCCGGUUUAUUCGUUUCGACGACAACGCGGCUGUCUUGCUCAAUAACAAGAGAGAAAUGCUUGGAACACGUAUUGGUGGUGUAGUUAGUGCAGAUCUAAAAUUGAGAGGCUGGGCUAAAAUUGCUGCAGUCGCUCCGAAGGCAAUUUGACGGCUCUUAGCGACCUGCCUUGAGGGCCCGACAUGUCAAUAGGCGCUUGUAAAAAUGCGACUUGCACACCGUGCUUAGUUACCGUUCAAGCUGAUGCCCUAGUCGUUUUCAAAGUAUACCCGUAUACCUUCCGUUCGAAUAUAAGGCUCCUACAACAUUUGCGUUCAUCUUAAUCUUCGUUUCAUGUUCAGAAUCACGCCUCAAAUGAAACUAUUGUCCCAAACGCUUUUUGCAAAGGCGAGUGCUUUGGUUUCUCGUAAAUCCGUCCUGCAAAGACUCUCAUAUCCUGUCCAUCCGUGGGGAGGUGUCUUCCUUUAGUUGCACUUCCUGCCUAAGUAUACCAUGAGCCACAUUGGUAGCAAAUUUGGAGAGCUACUGAACACCCUUCUACCUCCCCGCGUGCUACGUUGUUGUCAACCUGUUGGUGUAUAUCAUCGCACCUCGAUCUAUGCAGAUGCGGAAAUGAAGAGGCACUCCUUACCGGUGCUAUUCUUGCGGCUAUUCAAGUUUGACUUGAGUUGCGAAUCAAAAGUCGACGAACCUCAAGGCCCCUUUGUGUUCUCAGUCCUUCGACCUCCGAUUUUACUUCUUCGAACAAGCAGUUCCUGCUCUUAAAACUGCGCAGCACUCCCAUGAGCGUG